UUGAUUCGCUUGUCGAUGUGAUGACGGGUGACGAAAUGCUGUACUUGUAUUCGAGACUCCGUGGAAUGCGAGAGCCUUUGAUUUCUGGUCACGUCAAGCAUCUCAUACAAAGACUUGGAUUGCAAAACUUUUGGUCGAAGGCUUGUGGGAACUACAGUGGAGGUAACAAGCGAAAGCUGAGCACUGCCAUGGCCAUGGCUGCGGAUCCAUCAGUUUUAUUUCUUGAUGAACCCACGUCGGGAGUGGAUCCCGUUUCGAGGAGACGGAUUUGGAAGGCUUUGAGUGCUGCGAUCGAUAAUGGCCAGUCAAUUGUUUUGACAUCCCACAGCAUGGAAGAAUGUGAGGCCUUGUGUCAUCGGCUCGGCAUCAUGGUCAAUGGAAGAUUCCGAUGUCUGGGGCCGGUGUCGUAUUUGAAGCAGAAAUUCUGCCAAGGCUAUUCUAUCCUCAUUAAACUGGAUCCCAAGUAUGGUGAUGACGGCGAAUCAUUCCAGAAACUGAAAGAAUUCAUCGAAACAUCGAUUCCAAGCAGCUCUCUGAGGGACCAUCACGAGGGACUGAUACAGUAUUACAUAAGCGAUCCAGAUACGAAAUGGGACCUCAUAUUCAGAACCAUGGAGUUGGCGAAAGAGAAGUGGUCCUUGUUUCUCGAGGACUACAGUGUUGGCGAGACGACGCUUGAGCAAAUAUUCCUGACUUUCGCCAGGGAUCAAAUCAAUGAUCCUUCUCGAUAUAAAGUUAAAAGCUGUUGGAAUUGUUGUAAGAACUGACGAUGAUUACGUACACUUUUUUGCGCGCAAACAGCGAAUAUACACGGACCUAUAUAUAUAUUAUAUAUGUGGGUCUUAAACCAAAAAGUGUAUAGAAAAAUGUUUUGAAAAAUUUGAAGGAUC